AGCGCGGCGUGCCGGACGCGGCCGGGCGCGUAGCGGCGGAGCGGGUCCCGGAGCCGUCCGCGCUCAGGAGCGGCGAUGUCCGUGCAGGUGGCGGCCCCCGGAAACGCGGCCCUGGGCCCGGAGCGCCUGAGCCCCGAGGAGCUGGUGCGCCAGACGCGGCAGGUGGUCCAGGGGCUGGAGGCCCUGCGGGCGGAGCACCGUGGCCUGGCCAGGCACCUGGCGGAGGCCCUGGCAGGACAGGGCCUGGUGGCGGGCUUGGAGCUACUGGAAGAAAAGCAGCAGGUGGUGAGCCACGCGCUGGAGGCCAUCGAGCUGGGACUGGGUGAGGCCCAGGUGCUGCUGGCCCUGUCCGCGCACGUGGGCUCCCUGGAGGCAGAGAAGCAGCGGCUGCGAGCGCAGGCCCGGCGGCUGGCCCAGGAGAACUCGUGGCUGCGGGAGGAGCUGGAGGAGACGCAGCGACGGCUGAGGGCCAGCGAGGAGGCCGUGGCCCAGCUGGAGGAGGAGAAGAGCCACCUCGAGUUCCUAGGGCAGCUGAGGCAGUAUGACCCGCCCGCGGAGAACCAGCGGCCUGCAUCCCCGCCUCGCCGGGACAGCCUGGCCUCCCUGUUCCCCAGUGAGGAGGAAGAGAGGAAAGGUCCGGAGGCAGUGGGGGCCGCAGCCGCUCAGCAGGGGGGCUAUGAGAUCCCCGCCCGCCUUCGGACCCUGCACAACCUCGUGAUCCAGUACGCAGGGCAGGGCCGCUACGAGGUCGCCGUGCCACUGUGCCGCCAGGCCUUAGAGGACCUCGAGCGGAGCUCAGGCCACUGCCACCCUGACGUGGCCACCAUGCUCAACAUCCUGGCGCUGGUGUACCGGGACCAGAACAAGUACAAAGAGGCCACAGACCUUCUCCACGAUGCCCUGCAGAUCCGGGAGCAGACGCUGGGCCCCGAGCACCCCGCGGUGGCCGCCACCCUCAACAACCUGGCUGUGCUCUAUGGGAAGCGCGGGCGUUACCGGGAGGCCGAGCCGCUGUGCCAGCGUGCCCUGGAGAUCCGCGAGAAGGUCCUGGGCACCGACCACCCGGACGUGGCCAAGCAGCUCAACAACCUGGCCCUGCUCUGCCAGAACCAGGGCAAGUUCGAGGAGGUGGAACAGCACUAUGCCCGAGCCCUGAGCAUUUAUGAGGCCCUGGGGGGGCCCCACGACCCGAACGUGGCCAAGACCAAGAACAACCUGGCCUCGGCCUACCUGAAACAGAACAAGUACCAGCAGGCAGAAGAGCUGUACAAAGAGAUCCUCAGCCGGGAAGACCUGCCUGCCCCUCUGGGAGCCCCCCCCACAGGCACGGCUGGGGACACAGAACAGCAGCCCCUGCGUCGGAGCAGCUCAUUCUCCAAGUUCCGCGAGUCCCUCCGGCGUGGAAGCGAGAAGUUGGUCUCCCGUCUCCGAGGCGAGGGGGUGGCUGGGGCAGCAGGAAUGAAGAGAGCCAUGUCGCUCAAUAUGCUGAACGUGGAUGGUCCAAAGGCUGCAGGGACCCAGUUCGCCAACCAGCACCUGAGCGAGGCUGCUCGGACCCUCAGCGCCAGCACCCAGGACCUGGGCCCCCGCUGAAGUUGACAGGACCAC